AUGCCACCUCUGUUCCAUCUGGAUGAUUUCGAUGGAUGUUUAACUCUGAAAAGCGAUUCACUGUAUUGUUACGCAACAGUUCAGCUCGCUCCAAAUGACGAAGAAAAUGUAUCGAAAACCUGGAAAAUUAUUGAAGAAGUGAUAACUGUGCCCAGGUUCUUCAGACACGAUUGGUUAAGACAUGGGAUUUGCGUGCAGGAAACAUGUCCGAACAUACCGAAAGCCAGUUACGGCUUAAGAAAUGGUACAUCAGAAUUGUGGAAAGGAAUUUCGGAUUGUUACUCGCAAAAGUAUGAGCAUUUGGGCUUGAGAGGCGAAGUAACUGAAAUAAAUUGCCAAAAUGAUCAACCUUUUUACGAAAUAGAUUCUCCGGAUAUAAUUUACAUGUACAUCAUGCUUACGUUACUUGGAUUGGUGAUUAUUGGAACUGUAUUUGAAGCACCCGCUAGGUAUAGAAGCCCAGAAGAAUAUCAACAGAUUACCAACAGCUCUAAAGUAAGAAAAUUGUUGACGGCUUUCUCGUUGACGAAGAACUUGGAGCGAUUAGGCAGCGAGAUUACAAGUGAGGAUGGACUAGCGUUAGCUCCCAUCCAAGGAAUUCGCGUUUUCAAUAUGUUCUUCGUUGUUAUGUGUCACACCUGCAUGAUACUGUUCAUGGGACCUAUAGACAAUCCACAAUAUGCGGAAAAUGUUAAGUAA